GGGAGGGGGUGGUCGUGUGCGGGGGAGCUAGGUGGUGGCUGGGGGGCAGCCUGCGAAGGUGUCAUGGCUGCUGCCGCCGAACUGAAUGUCUCGGACAUCGGCGGCAGGGUUCCCGAGCGGAACUGCAGCCCGAAUCCCUCUCAAGAGGUGCUCUGCGACAUCUUUCGCUCGGUGCACACGCUGACUGCACGGCUUAACCUCAGAGAUGAUGUGGUGAAAAUGACAAUCGAUUGGGACAAACUCCAGAGCCUCUCGGCCUUGCAGCCUGCUUUGCUCUUCAGUGCACUUGAGCAACACAUUUUAUAUUUACAGCCUUUUUUAGCAAAACUUCAACCUCUGGUUAAAGAGGAGGAUGUAACUGUUGUUGAAGAGACAGGACAAACAGAAACAGGGAACAAAAAUGAAGUAAACGUCGAAUCUCCCACCGGUGACCUACAAGAGGAAGAAAAUCACAAAGAUUGUGAUUUAGGGGAUGUGAAAAAAACACAGAUCCAUUUUGAUCCAGAAGUAGUUCAGAUAAAAGCUGGAAAAGCAGAAAUUGACAGACGAAUAUCUGCAUUUAUUGAAAGAAAGCAAGCUGAAAUCAAUGAAAACAACGUCAGGGAGUUUUGCAAUGUUAUUGAUUGUAAUCAAGAAAAUAGUUGUGCACGGACUGAUGCUGUUUUUACCCCUUACCCUGGAUUUAAAAGUCAUGUGAAAGUGUCUAGAGUUGUGAAUACGUAUGGGCCACAGACAAGACCUGAAGGAAUUCAAGGGUCAGGCCAUAAACCCAACACCAUGCUCCGAGACUGUGGGAAUCAGGCUGUAGAAGAACGGCUACAAAACAUUGAAGCUCACUUGCGAUUGCAAACAGGUGGUCCGGUGCCAAGAGACAUUUACCAGAGAAUUAAAAAACUUGAGGAUAAAAUUCUUGAAUUGGAAGGCAUCUCUCCUGAAUAUUUUCAAUCUGUAAAUUUUUCUGGAAAAAGAAGAAAAGUACAGCCACCUCAGCAGAACUACUCACUGGCUGAACUUGAUGAGAAAAUUAGUGCCCUCAAGCAAGCCUUGCUUAGAAAAUCAAGAGAAGCAGAAUCCAUAGCAACUCACCACCUCCCUUGAAACACUCCUCCUUCGCUUGCUAUUUUCCUUUUUUCUAUGCAUGACGGACUUAUACUGCAAUUGACUAAAUGGAUGUGUAUUUGUCCAUGCAGACUCCCUUCUGGAUUCAAGAUUUACUUUUAUGCGAAUCCAGCUUAUGUCAAGCAAUGUUCAAAUAUUCCAGUGAAUUUUGAAAUUGUUAAUGCAUUUAAAAUAGCAUUGUCAGAAUUUAUUCCCUUCUGUUUUAAAGGAGGUAUUUUGGAAAUUGUGAAUAAGCUCAUCUUUGUAUGUAUGUCUAUAUGUUUAUUAUAGAAGAUUCAUUUUGAGUAGUGAUAUUUAAAGGAAGUAUAUAUUUUGUAGCAUCAGUGUUAACUAGUAUAUUAGUUUUAAAUCAGUACUUUGUAUACAAUAGGUAUUCAGUAAAACAUAAAAGUGAAUGUAUACAUCUUUAAAGUCAACUUUAAUGUAAACAUCCCUCCCGUUCCCCCUUAUUGACUUAUGUGACUUUAAGCAAGUUAUUCCGACUCUGCCUAGACUUCCUUAUCUGUGAAAUGAGUAUGGCAGUCAUAGCAUUUACAGUUAUCGUGAUGUGCAAUAAUGUAUGUAUAGACUUUGAAACUUUCUGACCCAAGAAGCUAAGUAUACAGUAAAUAUUUGUGGUUAUUGUAUAAAUUGUUCUAAAUAAACUAUUGUCGCCUCUC